CUCUCAUGUCAUUCAAAAAGAAAACCGUUGCUGCAUUGCCUGCUUUGUUGACAUCCGGUCAUCAUACACAAUUUUUUCGACUUUUCUGGCUGAAUCUUUAAUUUAAAUGGCUUCAGGGUACCGAAAAACAUCCUCUGGGACUAGUCAAAGGAAGAAAGCAGUUCCCAAAAUGGAAUUGAACGAGGAACAGAGACAAGAAAUUAAAGAGGCCUUCGACCUCUUCGACACAGAUGGCACUGGAACAAUAGAUGUGAAAGAGCUGAAGGUUGCCAUGCGUGCGCUGGGGUUUGAACCAAAGAAAGAAGAGAUCAAGCAGAUGAUCGCAGACAUUGAUAAGGAGGGCUCUGGAACAAUUGACUUCAAUGACUUUCUCAGUAUGAUGACAGUAAAAAUGAAUGAAAAAGACUCCAAAGAAGAAAUAUUGAAGGCCUUCCGGCUGUUUGAUGACGAUGGCACGGGGAAAAUCUCGUUCAAAAAUCUCAAAAGAGUUGCCAAAGAGCUGGGAGAAAACCUCACAGAUGAGGAAUUACAGGAAAUGAUCGACGAGGCAGACCAAGACGGUGACGGUGAGAUAGACGAGAUGGACUUCUUGAAGAUAAUGAAGAAGACCAAUCUUUACUGAGUGUGUUACAGCCUUCAUCUGGGAUGUUUCAGGUUCAUUUUUGAGUCUAGACACUUUUUACAGAAUGUCUUUUUUACGUACAGAUUUGUGUAGCUUGUGAAUAAAUAUUUUAACAUGCCGUACCUUUGCACAGCUUUUUCUACAAUAAAUGACAAUAAAAUGUAUUUCCUAACAUG